CCCAUUCAAGCAUUUGAUGCAGACAAAUGAAUGGGUUCACUUGGAACAAAGUUUCCAGUUUACACUGUUUCAAUUUUCAUCAAAACUAGGGUCAACUCUUCACUCAGAACCCAGAAAUCACUAGUUAGAGCUCUUGCAACUCAAGCAUCAUCAUCAUCAUCAUCAGCUAAGAUGGUCAAAGGCAUUAGAGUCCAUGAACAUGGUGGACCUGAGGUCUUGAAAUGGGAAGAUGUGGAAGUAGGAGAGCCCAAGGAGGGCGAGCUUCGUGUGAAGAACAAGGCCAUUGGGUUGAAUUUCAUCGAUGUGUACUUCCGCAAAGGGGUUUAUAAGACUCCUUCAAUUCCUUACAUCCCAGGUGUUGAGGCUUGCGGAGUUGUGACAGCUGUGGGACCUGGACUAACCGGCAGGCAAGUUGGAGAUGUUGUAGCCUUCGCUGGUGGUGCAAUGGGCUCCUAUGUGGAAGAGCAGAUCCUUCCUGCUAACAAAGUUGUUCCUGUUCCUCCUUCCAUUGAGCCAACUGUUGCCGCAUCCCUCUUGCUUAAGGGCAUGACAGCUCAGUUUCUACUGCGUCGUUGCUUCAAGGUGGAACCUGGACAUACAGUCCUUGUUCAUGCAGCAGCUGGUGGAGUCGGAUCCCUUUUAUGCCAGUGGGCUAACGCCCUUGGUGCCACUGUCAUUGGAACUGUAUCAACUAAAGAGAAGGCAGCUCAAGCCAAGGAAGAUGGCUGUCACCAUGUCAUAAUCUAUAAGGAAGAGGACUUUGUUGCUCGUGUGACUGAAAUAACAUCUGGCAAUGGGGUUGAAGUUGUCUACGAUUCUGUUGGGAAGGAUACGUUUGAGGGAUCAUUGAUAUGCUUGAAGUCUCGUGGAUACAUGGUGAGUUUUGGGCAGUCAUCAGGUGCACCAGAUCCGGUUCCAUUAUCAGCUCUUUCAGUGAAGUCACUGUUCUUGACCAGGCCUUCCCUUUUCCAUUACACGGCUACUCGAGAUGAAUUGUUAGAGACUGCAGGAGAGGUAUUUGCUAAUGUUGAUGCAGGUAUAUUGCGGGUUCGAGUAAAUCACACCUACCCAUUGUCUGAAGCAGCACUUGCACAUUCAGACCUGGAGAAUAGGAAAACAUCUGGAUCUGUUGUACUUAUCCCCUGAGGCGAUCCUCAAAUUAUGUAUUUAAUUUCAAGGAUAUAUGUGAGGAAAUUUACUUUUAUGUCAAAUGCAAUGGAUGUUUAAACUUUAAACCUGUAGUCAUCAAGAGACUUGUUAUGCAAUCCCAUCUGGUCUUCUUUUCUUA